UCAAUAUAAACUGAACAGUUGAUAGGAUGUCAUGUCAAUGAGAGAGGGAGAAGCUAUAUAUGGUAUUUAAAGCAUUGUGAAGGGAGGUUAUUGGCUAUUGCAGAGAAUAUCUAAAAGGAGGAAGCUACAUGUGAAGACUAUUACUGUAGCCUUUCACAAUCAGCCAAUCAGCCCUCCCCCUGUCCAAGUGGCGUUAACAACCAGACACAGAGAGGCAGCUACGGAGCAGAUGAAGAUGAAUCCAUGGACCCUCUCUGUGCUCCUGCUGCUAGCUGGGCCGCUGGGGGCGGACCCUGACUGGUACGUGGAGUACCCUGACUCCUUCUGCGUGGUGGAGGGCUCCACCGCCACCAUCCCCUGCAGCUUCACCCACCCCGCGGGGCGCCGGGUGGAGCGGGUGUUCUGGUGCACCAAUCAGGUGUUCUGCCAAAUCUCCACGCCCAACGUGUACGACAGCAGCAUCGUCCGGGCCGACAGCAGGUUCCUGUACCUGGGGGACCUCAUCAGGAACUGCACCUUAAAGAUCAUCAAGACGGAGAAACGGGACACUGCAACGUACCGCUUCCGCUUCGAGACCAACGGCGGAGGGUUCACCGGACAGAAAGGAGUCAGAGUCAACGUCACUGAUGGAGAGGAUGUGAAGGUCAGAAGCUCCGUCACUGACCAUGUGGUGAAAGAGGGCGGUCAGGUCACACUCACCUGUACCUCAGCCUGCUCCUUCCACCAAUUGGACGUCCACUGGUACAGAAACGGCCACAACCUAUCAGAGACAGGCCCCGCCCUCCACCUCAGCGGUCUGACCAAUGACGACACAGGGAAUUACACCUGCUCUCUGGACUCCAGUGGGCAGAACACCUCUGGGCCUUGGAGUCUAUUGGUGGGGGAGUAUGAAGGAUUCCGCUGGUCGGUCCACCUGGUGGUUGCCGUGGUGAAGGGCGUGGUGUUGGCGGUUCUCUUUCUCCUCCAUGCCGGGGCUGUCUUUGCUAAAUGGUGCACAAACAAAACCAAACAUAUCUAAAAAAGCUGUUUGUCGAUAUGAGAAAUUGAAAUUGAUUAAAUUGACAUAUUUGUACACUUAAGAUUGAAACAUAUAAUUUUCAUGUUAAUGAAUGUGUUAAAGAUUAUUUUAUUUUAGAGUAAUUAUUUUGCCAUAUUGGAGUAAAUUCCGUUGACGUCCCUGUGGGCUGUGGCUGACGGCUGGUCUCAGCAGCCUCACCUGGCCUGAGUCAGACUGAGAGACUCUGGGGCUGGUGGGGCUGCACACCUGUUGUGCGUUGGCUAGUCAAUGCACACAGGUUAAACCAGCCGUCACUCAGGAGAUCACCUAGAUGGCAGCAUGGAUCACCAUCUUCAUGUGUCAGGGACUUCAACAUCCGCAAUAAACCGGUUUGACCUUCAUCACCCAUUGUCAUCCCAUUGUCAUGUGUCUUGAGCAGCCCGGUAAAAGCCACCUAGGUGGAGUGGGUCGGCCAUCUUUAGGUGGAGUGGGUCGGCCAUCUUUAGGUAGAGUGGGUCGGCCAUCUUUAGGU